ACUCCCUCCGGGGCCUUGAUCGUUGUAGUUCUUUUUUUUUUUUUUACACGCUUAAUUUCUUUUAACUUUAUAUUAGAUUAUUCAGAAAAUAUAUCUUGUUUCCUAUAUAUAUUGUGUUAUUAUAAAAUAUCUAGUUUCUUUUAAUCGCUCGUAUGCAUAUACCAUGUAAAAUGUGAUAAAUUAAUGUCUUACAUAGGCUAGUAUAUUUAUAGGUUAUUACGCCUUCUUAGAUUGGCAGUACUGUUGGAAAUUGUUCUGAAGAUAUCUCCACCAUCCUUAGAAAAGGAAAGGAGGUUGACGGCUGUUUAUGAGAUAGAUAUACAUAUAUAGUAUUAAACAAAAAAUGACAGUGGUGCAUAAUUUGGGUGUUGAUGUUAUAAGUUAUCAUGCUUGGAACAAAGAUAGAACAGAAGUAGCAGUAUGCCCAAAUAAUAAUGAAAUUCAAAUCUACAAGCAUUCCUAUUCAGGAUGGAAAUUACUUGAUACGUUACAAGAACACGAUAUGCAGAUUAUGGGUGUUGAUUGGGCACCUCGUACUAAUCGCAUUGUGACCUGUUCUGCAGAUAAAAAUGCAUACGUUUGGACGCAAGGAAAAGAUGGAAAGUGGAAUCCUGCUUGGGUUUUAUUAAGAAUAAAUCGGGCUGCCACAUGUGUAAAGUGGUCACCUUUGGAAAAUAAAUUUGCUGUUGGUUCUGGAGGCAGGGUAAUAGCGGUUUGUUACUUUGUAUCAGAAAAUAAUUGGUGGCUAUGUAAACACAUAAAGCGUCCUUUAAGAUCAACGGUAACAACAGUUGACUGGCAUCCGGAUAAUAAAGUUUUGGUUGCUGGAUCAACGGAUUAUAAAGUUAGAGUAUUCAGUGCUUUUAUUAGUGAUAUGGAAGAUGCACCAGGAACAUGCGCAUGGGGAACAAGUAAUACCCUAGGCACAUUAUUAGCUGAAUUCCCUAAUACAAAUAAUGGAGGUGGUUGGAUACAUUCAGUUGCAUUUAGCCAAUGCGGUAAUAAAAUUUGCUGGGUAGCACAUAAUUCAUCUAUAUGCGUCGCAGACGCUUCAAAAGGCAAUGUAGUUUAUAGGCUUUAUACUGAACAUUUACCAUUUUUAAGCUGCAUUUGGGUCGGUCCCAAUUCCAUUGUGGCCACGGGACACAGUUGUAUGCCUAUGUUAUAUUCUAUCGAUGACAAUGGACAGAUUUACUUUGUAUCGAAAUUAGAUAACAUGCAAAAAAAGGAAAGUGCUGGAUUGUCUGCCAUGAGAAAAUUCCAGUCCUUAGAUCGUCAAGCACGAAAUGAUUCUAAUGACAAUGCAUUAGAUAGCAUUCAUCAAAACACUAUUAACUGUAUUCGUCUUAUGUCGGAUAAUGAAUUUAGUACAAGUAGCCUAGAUGGCCAGUUGGUCAUUUGGGAUUUGAAGUCUUUGGAAAAUUCUAUUGCUGGACUGAAGAUAGUUUAAGGAAUCCUUUUUUUUACAAAACCGAGGUUAAAGUUAUAUGAAAUUGAAGAGUGUAUAAUAUUGAAAUAAAUCGUACAUUAAUCCUGCUAAUUUUAUUUUUGCUCCUGUUCAACUGAAAACUUUAAUAUGCGAUAUUGAAAUACAUGAAAAUGUGUUGUAAAGUGCAUUAUCAAAAAGCAAUAAACAACAAAUACAAUUAUUAUUGA